AGCAGCCAUAUGUCGAAGAUGAGGAGGAGGAGAAGGAUGGGAGGCCAAAGCACAAGCCACUCCAGAAGUCGGACACACCCCCCUCGACAACUGAAAAUACCCCGGAAAAGCCGACGGAGAAGACCCACGAUCACCAUUGGAGCAAGAUCCGUGGGAAGCUCGAUAAGGACUCGCCGUUGCUACAAAAGAGCAAAGAGAAGCAGAAGGAAUACUACCAAGGGGCUUACCAGAAAAUCAAAUCAUUUGCGAACGGCCCGCGAAACGAAACACCUAAGAACAAGAAGUAUGGUGAAGCCAAUGCGAGCGACACCAAACUUCCUACACCAGGAACAUCUGGUAUUCCUAGUCCUAGCAAUCGGGCUCGGAGUGCUUCUGGAGGUAUCACUCGCACCCCAGCUAUCCGUCAGCCUCCGAAGCAGAAGGAACAGCAGCAGCAACAACAACAACAACAACAACAACAACAGCAGCAGCAGCAGCAACAGCAACAGCAACAGCAACAAAAAUAUGAGCACCCCGCUCUCCAGAUUAAGAAAUCCCCUUCCCGACAGCCGUCUGAAAUCACCGAUAACACUACCGAUUCAUCCGCCCAUUCACAAUUUUCUACCUCGUCAGUCUCAGGUCGUGCUAGCUCGAAUACCGAGUGGGAGGAUAAAACCAAACCCGCCAUUCCUGACGGCUCAGCAAAUCGUUGAGUUUCAGAAGAGCAUGGAGAAGGUGCGACGAGAGGGAGGAGAUAUGCUUCAUCCUGAUACUUGCCCUAGCCCGCGUACCACGACACCAGAGGGCAAGACCGAUACAUCAGAGAAGACAUCUGAGCGUGACGAUUCUAACCCGGAAGACAAAAAGCAAUACAAGACAAAUGGCAAUGCCACCAACCCUCUACAGCCUGGAAGGUACUAUUCGCCCGAAGAAAUCGGAAAGAAACGGUGCAGCACAAUAUGGGAGGAGGCUCCUUCGAAAACGAAGCAAAAAAAUCCCGACGCUACUCCGGAUGGCUCCUUCUUGGGAUGCAAAGAGAUCGGUCCAGGAGAGAAGAAUCCAGAUGAGAUCCUAUUCUUCUCGACCACGACUGAGCGCCCGAAAGUCAUCGAUAUCUCAGCACCGAUUUCGAGGAAGCCAAGAGCGAAAACAAAACCGACUGGUCAUCGUGUCCCUGGAGAUAUGGAUGACAAUAUCAUGGCGUAUAGGGAAUGGAGAUCUCUCUCCGAUAACUUGAUGAAUGGUCAACGAUCAAAGCAGGCUCCCAAGACCAUGUGUCAAGAGCUCGUGUGUCAGCCGCAGGGAAAAGGCCAGGCGCCAAAAACCUCUGGGAAGGAGAAUUCGCGGAAUUCACUCGCCGCGGACAGCAAGGACAACCUAAAAGAAGACGAUAUUUUCAUGAACACGGCAACUGUCUCGCGCGCUCCAGUCAUGGCUAGCGGUAAGACAAGAUAUAAGAGAUCAUCCUCGCAGCUACCACAAUCAAACUCUCGAACCACUGGCGACUCGACACCAACGUCUCGGGAACCUAUAUCGAGGUCACCACCGUCUGGGCUACGGCGAGGAAUACCAAGGCCACGCGAAAAGAACGACGAUAAUCAAAACAUUCCCUCCAAGUCUCCGUCAAAUAUCACAAACAUUUCCAUUAACAAGACCCGCGGGAAAACCGAGCGGAACUCUGAAUCUCCCCGAGGUAUCCGUGGGAUCAUGCGCUUUCCGGGAAUGGGGAAGUCAUCCACAGAGCAAAGCACGAGCACGAAUAAACGCCAGUCAUCGAUGUCGGUUCCGAUGAGCAAAAGCAGCAGCGGGGAAAAGAGAAUUAUUUCCGGCCCAUCUCUGGUCAACUCCGAAACGUCUUGUAAGAACGUGUCUCCAGUCUCAUCGAUUACCCCAGAAGAAAAUGACAAGGUUUCGAGCACGAGAAUCGUGGACGCCGAACUCGAUGGGGAAGCCAAACAGACAGCGCAAGACGCUACGGCCGAUCCUCCCGACAAUGCUGAGAACAGUGACAACGAAGACGCAGCAUACCCCCUGACACUAGCCCUCCUCUUCGACAUCCUAAUCCUCUCCAUCGCAUACAUUCAACGCCUCUCCAGCGAUUUCCUAGGCAACGAGUGUCCGCAGGUGAUCUUGCAAAGCGUUGUGAAGAUGCUUGAGCACUGCGCCCACGUCACCAGACACAUCUCCCUCGCCUUCUCCACAUACAGAUCCACAGGGUCCUGGCCAAAGUCGGGCAAUGGGGAUCUUUGUGAUUCCCUCACAGAUAUAGCGCAGGCCGCUGUUUAUCUUAUUUCGCUGGGGUUCAUGAUGAUUAUCAUUGGCAGGGCUGCUGGGUAUGUGGUUAUUGUGGGGAGUUGGGUGGUAUGGAUGGCGAAACCUUUUGGGUGGGCGCUUGGGUUGGUGGCUAGAGCGCUUGUGCCGUGAUUCGAUGCGACCAGCAAGCGUGUUGAAGCUUGGUGAACCAUUUAUGGUUGGUUAUUUGCUUCUGUGUUGCUUUCUAUAGUUGUCUUCUUCUUAAGAUUGUAUUAUCAGUUAGUUAUAGUUAGAUUGCAUAGCAUUAACAGGUCACCCUUGUCGUAUAGUCCCGCUUGCGUAACAAAGAAUUAGGGUUAAGAAAGCUUCUCCCGAGAGUUUGCACAGUGCUCCGUACAAGAGAGCCUCAUGCAUUUAAAAACAGCCCUUGGGAGGCUCUCAUCAUAGAUAGACUGUCCCAUUCUGCGGCAUUU